UUGGGGGUCAAAUUAGUCGCAUAUAAGUUACCUUAGUUUAAUCAAAAAAAUUGUAGAUUUGGACCAUACCCAAACGACAACUACUAAACACACGGACAGAAACACAAACACCAUCAUCAGUAUCAUUCUUGUUCAUCGGAGUCUCACUUGACAUUCUCAAUCGAUGCCUCGUAAACGCUUCGGAACACCGGCAGAACCCAAAACAGGUCUACAAUAUGCCCAAUAUUUUCUAAAGAAAAUGGGGUUGGGGCCAAAUAACUACUACUUCUGGAAACAAAUGGGGAAGGCAUUCGGAUGCACUUAUGCAGUGAUGGGUGCAGCGUGGUAUUACAAUGAGACGUCUCCAUUGGGUUGGUGGACGCUGAAACCAAUGCCAAAGGAAGAGAAAGAGCUGGAACAUUUGUAUGAGCGGCGUGAGUAUCCGUAUCCCGGCGACCAAGAAGCUAUGGAGGAGUUUAUUAAAAAGGGUGGAAUGAUUGGAACAACUAUUGGACCUAAAGGGAACUUUGAGAAUGAUAUGGAUGAAUUUGAUUACAUGAAGCAGCUUAAUGAUAAGAAGUUUGAGCAGGAGGCUCAGAAGCUUUGGUUGAGGAUGAGGAAUGAAGUCAUUGCUGAGCUUCAAGAGAAGGGUUUUGAUGCAGAUAAAUGAUUGCAUUGAAUCCCUUUUGUGGGGGGGGAAACUACUACAUUUGUGGUGGUAAAUAUUGAUUGUUCAUGCUUUCAAUAAGUUGCGGUAGAUGGAAAAGACUAAUCUAUUUGUUCUUCUUGUAUAAUGAGGUGUUAUUUAUAUAUGACUUGUGUAUCUUAUAUUGCUUUUUCCCUUGUUGGUUUUGGCUUCUUUAAUGAAUGAGAUUGAAAUGUAUCAUUGUUAACAGGGUGAUUCUUGCUUUCUAUCUAAAAAUUAAGGGCACAUUAGCCAA